CUCCAGUUUUCUGGUCGGAUGUGUGCUGAGACUUGAGGCAGAGACAUCGGGCCCCUGAUACUGGAAGUAGAUGGAAGUGGACUGUGACAGAUGAGGAAACAGCGCACAGCAGAGCUGCCUGAUAAGGCAGGGCCCUCCUGCUAACAAGUGGCAGAGGCAGGAUCUAAACUCAGGAGCUGUGUAGAGAUGCUUCUGUGGUUGCUGCUGCUGCUGUCACUGCUGCUGUUGCCACUGGCCUUGCUCCGACAGCAGUGGUCCCAGGAUACCAGGUGGUCCUGGAUUGCCAGGCUCCAGCACCGUGUGGUAUGGGGUGUUCUGGGCUGGGCAACCACCUGGCAGUGGCGAAGGCUGGAACAGAGCACGGUACACAUGAACCAGAGCCAGCAGCAGGCCCUAAGGUGGUGUCUGCAGGGAGCCCAGGGUCCCCGCUGUCCCCUUGGGGGCAGCACAGAAAUGAGCACAUUCCGGAAUCAUCUCCCUCUAACCAAAGCCAGCCAGGCCCAAGAGGAAGAAAGUGGUGGGCAGCACCCAGCCCCUACCUCAAACCAGUACCAGGGGGAGGCCUCUCUGCAGGCCACUUUGCUGGGUCUGGUCACCCUAAACAAGGCCUACCCAGAAGUGCUGGCUCCAGGAAGCACUGCCUGUGUGACCCUUACAUCCCCUUGGCCCAGUUGCCUCCCCUGGCUUGGCCAUGCCCUGGGCCGGGUUAACCCCCCUGGAGUCAAGGAUCCCAUGGUCUUGCUGCUGAAGGCACUGAGGUGCCCAGGGCUGAGAGUACUAGAGGCCGGGACAGCAGUGGAACUCCUAGAUGUCUUCUUGGGCCUGGAGGCUGAUGGUGAAGGGCUGGCUGUGGCGAUAGCAACCGGGAACCCAGGAGCACCUCUCCCCAGACGGGCUGCUGAGCUACGCCAGGCCCUACAGCAGGGACCCCGAGGACUGGCCCUGCGGCUCUGGCCAAAGCUGCAGGUGGUGGUGACUCUGGAUGCAGGUGGCCAGGCUGAAGCUGUUGCUGCCCUUGGAGCCUUGUGGUGCCAAGGGCUAGCCUUCUUCUCUCCUGCUUACGUUGCCUCUGGAGGGGUGGUGGGCCUAAACCUAUGGCCAGAGCAGCCCCGUGGGCUGUAUCUUCUGACCCCUGGACCCCCCUUUACUGAGCUGCUCCCAGUCAAGGAAGGAGCCCAGAAGGAGGCCACCUCCACCCUCCUUCUGGCCGAGGCCCAGGAGGGCAAGGAGUAUGAGCUGGUACUAACUGACCGUGUCAGCCUCACCAGGUGCCGCCUGGGUGAUGUGGUACGUGUGGUUGGUACCUAUAAUCAGUGUCCAGUCAUCAGGUUCACUUGCAGGCUGGGCCAGGCUCUGAGUGUUCGAGGAGAAGAUAUUGGUGAGGACAUAUUCUCCAGGGCACUGAGUCAGGCAGUGGGACAAUGGCCAGGGGCCAAGCUGUUGGACUAUGGCUGUGUGGAGAGCAGCAUUCUGGAUUCCUUUGAGGGUUCUGCUCCCCACUAUGAGGUGUUUGUGGAGCUGAGGGGUCUAAGGAAUCUGUCAGAGGAAAAUCGAGACAAGCUGGAUCACUGUCUUCAGGAAGCCUCUCCCCGCUAUAAAUCCUUACGGUUCCGGGGCAGUGUGGGCCCUGCCAGAGUCCACCUGGUGGGGCCAGGGGCCUUCAGAGCACUCCGGGCAGCCCUCUCUGCCUGCCCCUCAUCCCUUUUCCCUCCUGAGAUGCCCCGAGUCCUUCGGUAUAGACACUUGGCCCAGUUCCUGCAGAGGAGGGUGGUGUCCUGAGCCAAGGGCUCCCCCAUGGCUCCAGCUCCUGUCAGAGGCUGCCUUGCUCUCUCUCCUCUGGGGCUUGUCUGAAUGGGUAGUCCUUGUUAGGGGACUCUGACUGUAUGCCACCCGACAUUUGCCUCUGAGAGCCACUAGGCCUUAGGGAGGCCUUGGCCCAGUUUGCUAUUUCUGAGGCAUGGGCCUCAGGAGUUUAGCAGAUGCCAGCAGGACCCUGCCAGUAUCCCUUUUGGCCCACCAUGGAGGACACUGCUAGAAUUCCCAUGCACACCCAUGCCUUCCUGUGUCUCUCACCUGAUAUUGUUCUCUAGCCACAGAUUGUGUCCCUGGCCAGUGUACUAGGUUGGCUGGAAGUUUGAGGGCUUCCCAAGAGCAACCCUCUAUCAAUAAGGAGCAAGAGUUGGUGAAUAAAGACCUCAGCGUCAUUGUCCUUGAAUGAGACAAUUCUGAAGAGCCCUAUAUAAUCUCUCAGAGGGUCCCCCACAGGAUGGAGUUCAACUGCACGGGAGCCCACUCCUUAAUGUGCUUCUUAUUGGGCCUCUGUCCUUCCCUCCUUCCCCACUCCCUCAUGGGAUCAACUUCCAAAUAAACUUCUUGUACCCCAAA